CUUUCGUGAGCAAAGAAUAACGUUGCUUCUGUGAACAAGGCUUACUAGCAGGCCCGGCAACGUAUUCUACUAAACUGUCAUCCCCGCUUUACCCAAUCAGCGGAGACAGCGAAAGCGCCAGGGUCUGGGCCUUCGUGUGCGUCUUCCUCGUCAUCUGCCUCAUCUUCGGCCUCAUCGUUGUUCUGCUAGUCGCCUUUGAACCCCAAGAUACUGACGCCGCUGAGGAGGUCAACGCCUCCUUUAGUCCGGCUGCCAUUACCAUUCCGGCUGUCAUGAACUUUACACUCCCUACUGUUCCGAAGCGCCGCAUCAUUCCCACAUCUAGAAGAGUUCUCACACCUAGAACGGCUCCUACGAGUGCUGUGCCGCCGGCAAUGAUGACGUUUCCCAGGAGGACACCUUCCUCCGCCUCUCCGGCGACGACGACGACGACGACUCAGCCUCCUCCGCUGCUGUGUUCGGUGGGCUCGCCGGCAGCCGCCAUCCACCCGCUUUACCCGCCGGACAGGUCGUGCGACAUCGUCUUCUUCACGCACGUGCGGGUCAAGAACAACACGGUGGAGCCGGUGCUCAGCAAGAUCAUCUUCCCGACGUUCAGGAAUGUCUGCGCCGCAUACAGGGACACCACCUGCGGCCUGUCCUUCGACGUCCACUUCCUCGACGCAAACCAGUUUUCCGCCACGGAGUUGUUGGAUCAUCUGGCGGAACUAAGAAGCAUGUCGCGUAUCAACCACUACGGUGUCCUCAACAUCUACGGGGCCCUGGCCUUCGUCGAAAGCAUGAGCGGCGCGGGAAACUUGACCGACACUAUCAGCGCGUUCCGGAGUGUCCUAGGAGACGACAGGAAAAGCCAUAUGAUCGUCGUCGGCGUCGGUUAUUUCUUCUACAACGACACAAACUCAUGGCAAACCUUAACCCAAGUUGUCGAAAGAGUCGCCUCGUACGACGUGGACGUUGUGGUGGUAAUCACCACUCUUCUGGCUCAACCCGAUCGGCGACAGUGCCUUACGCUGCCCGUCAACGCGAUUGACAGCCUCAAUCCUUUUGUACCAACAAUGGAGGGGGCAUCACACAUGAUCACGGCAGGAUUCUCGAGGCCCUCGCUCGUCGUGGCCUUCGCUCUCCAGAUGGGCGUCGUGUACUACAGCCUGGACAAGGAGUACGACCUGCCGAUAUCUGCCUCGUACCAGGCCUGUAGUGGCUUCGGGCUGGCGGACUAUUCCCAGUGCAGGACGAAAGCCCCUCCCAACGAUCUCCAAGUAGCCCUGCUUUGUGACGGCUGA